AUGCCGAAAAACACCCGGGCUCAAAAUCCUGGUCCUCUUCGUAUUGAAAAUUUCGCCAACACGACCAGUCCUGCAGAUGAUCAGAUGUCUCCAGUCCCGAACUUCGAGUUGAGGGACCUGAUAGCCGACGCGUAUGAACUAGGCUACUACCCAUUUCUUCCAUGCCCUACAGAGUUGUUCAUCGACAUUAUCCGUGUCAAUCGCCUUCGCUUCCUAGCCGCGCACGGAGGUGUCACGAGCACUACUGGGUCAAUUCAGUCAGAAGCUGAAGACCUUCUCACAAAGAUCAUAGGUUUCUCCCCGGAAACCUGGUCCGAGACCAAAGAUAAGUCGCAGGAGGAUCACUUGAUGAUGGCGCAGGUUUAUCAGUCCGCCGUGGUCCUGUUCGGCAUUUCCUCUCUGGAGAGCGCCGGCGCGAUCCUGCUCUCGGCAGGCUGGGCGGCCGUCAAGAAGAUCCACUCCUGCAGGCUGUUGAGACUCCUCGAAAAGACCGCCGCUUCAUGUGUUCUGAAGAACUGCACAGCUUGGCCAAUCAUGGUGGCCGGUUUUGAAGCGAAGAGCGGAAAGGCCACGGCCCGAGCCUUCAUCCUGGGUCGACUGGAAGAGGAGAGCAGGGCGCUGGGUGUGUACGUGCCACUGGCUGCAAAGGGGGUGCUUGAGAGAUUUUAUGCUUCAUCUGGCAAUAGCUGGGAUGACUGCUUCGACUCUCCCUACGCGCUGAUCACGUAA